AUGGAUUUGAACGAUACAAGAACGUGGAUCAAUUCCACCACCGAGGUUAACGAAGAUACCCCUCUGUUUGCUUGCUCCAAGUCACCAGAUUUGACAUUUGAUCUGAAUGAAACUACCUUUCCUUGGAUUUUGGUGGGUGUCAAAUCGUUUGCUUGUCUUUCGAUUUCUUUUCUAAACUCACUCGUCAUCACGGCAGUGAGAGUAAGGAAGGAUCUGUACAAACAUUCGUAUGUCCUGUCGUCCAGCUUGGCCUGUGCAGACUUUCUCGUAGGAGCUAUCACGAUGCCCUUCUCCGCGAGUCUCGAUGUAUUGCUUGCCAUCCGAAGAGUAACUUUCGUUUGCAUAUUAGACAUUGUCAAUGGGUACUUUAUGUAUUGUGCUUCCUGGUGUGCACUUUAUCACAUGACAGCAAUUGCCUGGGAAAGGUUCGUAGCCAUAACGAAGACAAUGCUCUACCCAGUGAAAGUUACCAGAGGUCGCCUCAAGAGGAUGGCCCUUGUCCUUUGGAUGGGGGCAAUGGCUACGACUCUUCCACCUCUCGCGAUGGAAGUUGCUGGUGUGAAUCUCCAGUUCGUUCAAAUGUGGGUUUCUUCCGCGAGCAUCUGUGGAGUGGUUUCCUUGAUAGCAACCGGGUAUUUUUACAUCAAGAUAUACAUUGAAGUGCGAAAACGCAAGAUCGACCAAAUCACCAAAGCGACAGCUAUGGCUCAAGCGAUACUCGAGACCAAAGUUGCCAAGACAGCCGCCUCGUUGACGCUUGCUUUGGUAAUUUCGUUCGUACCAGGCAUAAUUAUCAGCAGCUCCCAAACCCUUCGCACGAGCACUAGCAUUCGGGUGUCUGAGCUUAUCAUGCAGAUGGGCUCUGUUGUAAAUCCGCUACUGUACAGCUACAGAGACCGUCGCUUCAGAAACGCCGUUCUGGAGAUGUUAAGGAUAAAAAAGCCGCAAGUUAUCCAACGGCCCGCAACCGCAGCCAUCCAAGUGCGUCAUUUCCAAGGAAAAUUCCCGGAGAACUCCAAGGAGAAUGCGUCGGGAAAGGACACCCCUAGAGAAAAACAAACUGAUGGCUUUACACGUGCAGCAUCCUGUAGGUCACUGAACACAGAUUUACAUCGGCCGUCCCAUCAAAUUACCCGUCACAAGAUGGUGAAGAGAUCCAUGUCAGCCCCAUCGUUUGCCCAAAUCAACACCGUUUUCGAUUCCUCACACCUGCAGCUUCCUUCUACUGCGACUAGGACAGACAUUUCGUGGGGAAAGUAA